AGCUUCUAUUUGAGUUUCUAAGCGACGUUUCGCCCUGAUAUUAACAGGAAAGGAAACAUCCAUCAAUUUGGCUGCGACGUUACGGGGUCGCACUUCUCAACGUCGCGCUGCGUGACGGCUUUGUAAGAUUUCCAUCAACUGUCGCGUCCAUUGUGUCGUCGCGGUAGACUCACAUUUGGCAAAAAUAGAAAAAAAAAUACUCACGUACAGCCGCCACACACGCAGCAGUUAUCCAGGCCCUGCCCUGUUUAUCGGCGCAGCACUGACGCCUUAAAAAAGAAAAAGAAUUACUUUGUGUUUCUGCUGUUGGCGGUUGGAACAAAGCUUUGAAGCAGAAUAAAUACACAAACAAAAAAGCAGCACUCAUGCCGAAGGAACCUCAGUCGUCGUCGCACGCGUACGCGGUCCCUUCGUCACGCUCGUCCUCGAUGCCCUACGCGAAGGACACGAGCGCACUCGCACCAACCGCCCUCUCCUCCACCGCGGCCGCGGUGAUGGCGCGUUCCGCCGCUGGCGCACAAGGCGGCGGCAGUAGCGGCCCGCCGCGCCUCACCAUCAACAACGUCUCCUCCUUCCGUCCGCGCGUGAAGAGGCUGCCACCGGACGCCAAUACGAAGGCUGCGGUGAAUACCCAGCUGUACCAGUUCCCGGAUCGGGUCUGCUUCGGCUGCGUCAAGUGCAAGCGCGACAACAUCCAAUCCGACUGCGUCGCCAUCGACUUGAAGAACCGCAUCAUGCUCUGCACCGCGUGCUUCACGCGCAUUAUCCGCCCGCGCACCUACACCCCGAGCCGCGUCGUGCCUUUUCCGUCGCUGCUGUCGUGGCUGAACUACAAACCGGCCACGGUGAUGCAGAUGUCUGAGGACGUUCUGGAGCGGCCGGCGGAGGCGGUGGCGCCGUCAGGGGAGCGCAUGGCCGCCCCGAUGUUGACCGGCGGUGACCGCGCGACGAACCUUGGCAAGCUGCCCGCGAUCGCUAUGAACAUGGCCGCUGCGGGGUCGGGCCGCGGUAGAGGCGGUGGACGUGGUGGCAGCCGUGGCGCGCCGACGAUGGACGAUGCCUUGGCACAGGCCUCUGCCGGCGCUGGUGGUGGUGGUGGUGGCACGCACGCUACGCACCCGUGCCUGCGCGUGUGGGGUGUGUGCCAGCACGGUGAAACCUGCCUGUUCCGCAACGCCCCGGGUGACUUGUGUCUUGCGUAUUUGAUGGGGCUGUGUAAGGGCCACGGCUCCCCGCUUGGGUUUGGUGGUCACCAUAACCACAACAAUCGCAAUGCGGCCGGCGGCGGGCGAGGUGGUGGACGUGGCGGCGGCGGCGGUCGUGGCGGCGGAGGUCGUGGCCGAGGGCAGCGAAGGGGCGGUCGCGGCUCUAACGACGGUGGCCGUCAACAGGGUGGCAACAACUACCACAACAACAGUUACGGCAAUUACGGCAAUACGAAUGCGAAUAAUAAUGCGGCGCCCGCGACGUGCCGGCUGCUGCAUCAAGAGGUGUACGACCUGCCCAGUGCGUCUGACCCGGCCCCGGCGGUGCGCUACGAAGGCGACUUGGAGGACGAGGAGGGCGAGUGGGCCGCGUGGGUGCGUCGCCGGCGGGAGAGCCCGAACAGCGCGGAGUGGCAGCUGUGGCACAACGGUCCGUUAGAGCACUUGUUUCGGGCGUACGUCCCGGCCCGGCGCCGACCGUUGCCUCCGAAGCCGCGUCCGCAGCCCGCAGACGUUGCGGUUGUACCGGCGACAACCGCGUCAGAAGCGGAAGAAGGGGCAGCGGAGGCGGUGGCGGCGGCGAAGGCGGCGCAGGGAGGCGACACCGUGGAUGAAGGAGCAAACACGGCCGACGAGGAUCAGCCGGAGGGGGAGGAAGAAGGAGGUGAGGAGGAGGGGGAUGAGAUGGAGGUGGAAGCGGAGGCGGAGGAGGAAGACGAGGAAGAGGAGGCCGACGAUGUGCCGCCGCCGCCUGAGCCUGCGCCGACAAAGCUCAGCCUGCUUGACAUCAUGUCCGCUCUCAAGGGAAUGAAAAAGGAUGAAACGCCGCCCGCAGACGCCCCUGCGCAGCCGGGCAACGAGGAGGAAGGACAAGCGUGA